UUCUACUAUAGCAUCUACUAGCCAUGAAGCUGGAAAGAAAGCAUAGACGUGCUAAGCUUUGCUCAGGGCUCUUGCUGGCGUUCGCGUGUCUUUUCGCUCAGGUGCCACUUCCUGGCGAAGAAGGCUUCGUUGCCUCCAAGGCGUCAGGGCGAUCUGACACCAGAAGAAUGGCGAGUGCCAAAAACGUUGAUGAGGCGAAGGAGGUCAAAGAACUUCCCAAAGAGACAAUGCAGAAGGAGGAAGAAGGUGACCCCUAUGCAUUCUUCGUGCCCGCCGUGGUCUUUUUCCUCUACCUUGGCUUUGGCACCAUCUACUCUACGGAGUAUUUCAUGCCUAUGGGUGACGUUGGUGGAAAGGUUGCUGUUGCUUUCGGGGUGCUCUUCGUCCUGCUGGUGGUCGGAGUAGCACUGAAAGAAGUCAUGGACUGAGCUGCCAUGAGCUGCGAAAAAAAGG